UGACGGGUGGGAGGCGUGAUAAUAGUGGCUGAAGAUCUUUCAAUAAGUAUUCAGUAGCUAUUUAGAACUGGGCUCGAAGUGGGGUACGCUCUUGCUAGCUGUCACAAUGAGGACGGCCGAUCUCCGGCAACCUGUGCCUGUCAUCGUGCGCUGCUGAAUACGAGAUCAUCGUCCCUGGAGAAGCGCGAUAAAAAGGGCGUCGUUCUUGGUCUUCUCGGUUGGGCACCGACAGGAGGCUAAGCACGAAUGAAGAACGAUGGAGAUCAGCAGUGACGGGGAAAAAGAAAAUUCUUGCCCUUAUUUUGACACUUGACAAUAUUUGAGAUCGCGUUGAAAUCGGGGUGUGGCGGAAAAUGUCAAAGACAGAAUGGUUAGUUUUGUUCCUCCUGUUCAUCGCUUACCUUUUCCUCGGUGCGAGCAUAUUCUACAAGAUAGAGAGGGAUCUUGAAGAGGAGAAGAGAGGCCAGGCUGAAGCUGACCAGAAGUACCUCAGAGAAUUACUGACAAAGCAGUACAUGUCAAUCAAUAACGAUGUGACUGUGAAUGAUCUGGCGAUGAAACUUUCCGUCUAUUGCAAAGAUAAUUUUGCCAAAAUACUUGAAGUUGAAACAAACUCAACUGAAGUCGAACCCGAGCCAUACACAUGGACAUUUUACAAUGCUUUCUUUUUUGCUUUAACAACACUCAGCACAAUUGGUUAUGGGAAUUUGAAACCAUCAACAGAUAUGGGAAGGAUCAUUAUGAUUUUUUAUGCUUUAUUUGGCAUCCCAUUUAAUGGGAUUGUCCUGGCACAGAUGGGUGAAUUUUUUGGCUCUGUUUUUCUACGUGCACAUCAUCGAUAUAAAAACCAUGUUUACGUUUCAAAAAUAAAUCUAUUGCUUGAUAUUCUUAUAUAUCUUAUACCAGGAAUGGUAAUUUUUAUAAUUGCCCCAACAUUUCUAUUCCAAUAUUUUGAAAAUUGGACCUUCUGCGAAAGUAUUUAUUAUGCAUUUGUCACAUUGACCACAAUUGGUUUUGGAGAUUUAGUUGCUGGUCAGUCGACAGACGAUUCUCCAGGGGACACAGCUUACAAAAUAUUCCUUCUGAUAUGGAUCAUGUUUGGCCUGGGGUAUCUUGUCAUGAUUCUUGGCUUUAUUGCUAGAGCGAUGAAAUCAAAAAAGCUCAACAGAAUCGAGAGAAAACUUGCCAAUACAUUAAAGCAGACACAUAAUAAGAUCUGGCAUGAGUUCAUCGAAGAUAUAAACUACCUAAGAAGAGCUCUUAAUGAGACUUACAUUAAUAAAGUCAAACCUAUCUACAAGGAUAAGAAACCGCUUUUGAAUGAAAGGAGACUUACGGUAUCCAUGCCGGAUCUCACAGAAUGGCCACAGCUUAGGCGAAAGUCAGAAAUAGAACGAAUGCAGGACACAUAUGAGAGGAUAGGGGGCAUUAGGAGAAGAAGGGCGUUUUCAGAACAUGAUAAUAAUUUCCAAGUGGAGGAAAGUCUCCCUCGGGUUAUGUCGGAAGGAGCCCUAGGCGACAUUGACAAAAUAGCUACUUUCAGAGAUAAACCUAGACCUUCUCUAGCAGCCAUCGAUCAUGAGACGGAAGAACUUCUGGCAAACAUUGUGAACCAGAGAAGACUUUCAGUUUAUGAAGAUCCAACAGAUAAUGACGGAGGGAUUCACCUGUUUACAGACGACGAAAUCCUCCACAGCGAGCAGUACAACACUAAAAACAGUUCAAGCAGUUGGACACCGAAAAGAAGCAGAGCUGUAUCGGAAGUACAGUACUUACCUGAUUCUACUCUAGGCUACGAUCGCCAGAAAACUUGGGCUGGCGUUGAUACUUUACACACAAGAACAAUGCUCAAAAAUAUGAAAUCAAAGGAAGGAGAUUGGGAAAGUGGAGAACAGAAAGAAAGCAAACAAGAGAACGGUUUCCGCCGUUUGUCAAUUGCUGCAAUGAACUUCUUCUCAGGUGAGAGGAAGAAAAAGUUAUCAAAGGACAAACCCAAAAAGGAGAGAAGGACUGGAAAUACAUUUUCAAGGACAAAUUCAACUCAUCGCUUUUCUUUGCAAGAGAACGAACCAAGAUAUGUGUAUGAUGACGUAAACUUUUACACGCAGAAUAACAGAAGGCCAAGUUUGCUUGAUGUUUUGCCAUCUGCUGGCACAGGGAACAGUACUCCAAUGAGCCCUGUGUUAGAACAAACUAGCAUUGCUGAUUUCCUAAGGGUAAUGUCAACUUUAAAGAAGCUAGAGGAAGAGCAAGGAUCAAGCCCCACAGGGAACCGAAGUCGCCAUCCAAGUCUUAGUUAUUUAUUCAAUCCUCAACCUUUGCCCAAGGAACUGCUAAGAACAAGAGAAGCAUCUGCUUCGACUGGCAAUCUCAACAAGGAGAGGAGGUUUUCCCAGGGUCUUCCUAGGCCAGAGCAAGCGGCACACAGACGCAGGGCGAUAUCAAUGUCUCGUGACAUAAAUAAAGAAUUGCCCAGAAAUUCUCAAGCUGGUGGUAGAUUUACACCUCCUACAAGAGCGUUAAAUCCUCCGAUCCCUCCUACUGUUGUUGUAACAAGCCCGGAUGGACAUCAUCGCUUCAGUGUUCACAAUGUUGCCUCCCAAAGAAAUGAAAAUUUACUAGGACCUAAGAGAAGAGGAGAGAAUUUUUCCGAAACGAUUAGCAGGCAAUAAAUAUACUAAAUAAUUCUGCAUUUUAACAUCAAAAAUGUACCAUUUUACUUUUAUAUGUAUAUGAAAUAAUACUAUAGACUGUCAAGUCCAAAGAUAUUGGUUAACAAUUGUUGAAAAUUAUAUUCAUAUUUGAUGUAAUCUGUAUAUAAAUGUUUUGUUUUAAAGUUAGCGUUGACAUUUUUAAAGUGAUAAUAAUAUUUGUGACAUUCCACGUUAUUUAUUUAGAAAGUUAGUUAUUUAUGUAUAUUUUUUGUAAAUAAAUAAUGUUAAGUAUGGCAUCUAAGUAGAUAUAUAGUUAUAUUUAUUAAAUUUAAUAAUAAUCGAUGCUUGGAACAAUUUUCUCAAAAGAUAUAUAACAACCUAAAUAACAUCUG